AUGCAGAUGUCCUACGCCAUCCGAUGUGCCUUCUACCAGUUGCUGCUGGCCGCGCUCAUGCUGGUGGCUAUGCUGCAGCUGCUUUAUUUGUCGCUGCUGUCCGGGCUACAUGGGCAAGAGGAGCAAGACCAAUAUUUCGAGUUCUUUCCCCCGUCCCCGCGGUCGGUGGACCAAGUCAAGGCGCAGCUCCGCACCGCGCUGGCCUCUGGAGGCGUCCUGGACGCCAGCGGCGACUACCGCGUCUACAGGGGCCUACUGAAGACCACCAUGGACCCCAACGAUGUGAUCCUGGCCACUCACGCCAGUGUGGACAACCUGCUGCACCUGUCCGGCCUGUUGGAGCGCUGGGAGGGCCCUCUGUCGGUGUCGGUGUUCGCCGCCACCAAGGAGGAGGCGCAGCUGGCCACGGUGCUGACCUACGCGCUGAGCAGCCAUUGCCCCGAUAUGCGUGCCAGGGUCGCCAUGCACCUUGUGUGCCCCUCACGCUACGAGGCCGCCGUUCCCGACCCCCGGGAGCCAGGGGAGUUUGCCCUGUUGCGUUCCUGCCAGGAGGUCUUUGACAAACUGGCCAGGGUGGCCCAGCCCGGGGUCAAUUACGCGCUGGGCACCAACGUCUCCUACCCCAAUAACCUGCUGAGGAAUCUGGCUCGUGAGGGGGCCAACUAUGCCCUAGUAAUCGACGUGGACAUGGUGCCCAGCGAGGGGCUGUGGAGAAGCCUGCGGGAAAUGCUGGAUCAGAGCAAGCAGUGGGCGGGCACAGCGCUGGUGGUGCCUGCCUUUGAGAUCCGUCGAGCCCGCCGCAUGCCCAUGAACAAAAACGAGCUGCUGCAGCUCUACCAGGUGGGCGAGGUGCGGCCCUUUUAUUAUGGGCUCUGCACCCCCUGCCAGGCGCCCACCAACUACUCCCGCUGGGUCAACCUGCCAGAAGAGACCUUGCUGAGGCCUGCCUACGUGGUGCCCUGGCAAGACCCCUGGGAGCCAUUCUACGUGGCUGGAGGCAAGGUGCCCACCUUCGACGAGCGCUUUCGGCAGUAUGGCUUCAAUCGUAUCAGCCAGGCCUGUGAGCUGCACGUGGCAGGAUUCGAUUUCGAGGUGCUGAAUGAAGGUUUCCUGGUUCAUAAGGGCUUCAAAGAAGUUUUGAAAUUCCAUCCCCAAAAGGAGGCUGAAAAUCAGCACAAUAAGAUCCUUUACCGUCAGUUCAAACAGGAGUUGAAGGCCAAGUACCCUGACUCCCCGCGUCACUGCUGA